AUGUCAGUUUUAUUCCAAAUCCCUUAUUCCAAGAGAAAUCUGAACAAGAAAUCUCUUCCUGGUGGAAAACCAUAUGAAUACAGAGCAUAUGGGGAAGUCUUCAUGGAUCAUCCAUCCCAUAAUAGGCAAAUCAGAUGUCACACUGGAGAUACGCUGUCUGAGGAUCAGAAAUGUGGAGAGAAGCCAUAUAAAUGUAACAGAUGUGAAAGAUCCUUUAAUUCUCUUCAGUGCUUUGAAAAACAUGAAGGAACUCACAAUGGAGAGAAACUGUAUAAAUGUGAGGAAUGUGGAAAAGCCUUCAUGUGGCUCAAAAUCCUUCAAAGACACACGGUAACACACACUGGAGAGGUUCCUUACAGAUGUAAGGUGUGUGGGAAAGCCUUUAGUUCUUCAACUUCUCUUCAGACAUGUGAGAGAAGCCACACUGACGAGAAUCUCUGUAGGUGUCAAUACUGUGGGAAAGUCCUUAGAAAUUAUAAAAGUCUUCAAAGACAUGAAAAAUGUCACACUGAAGAGAAACCCUAUGCAUGCAAGUUAUGUGGGAAGGCCUUCAGAUAUUACAGCUCCAUAGAAUCACACAGAAUGACGCACAUAGCAGAAAAACCCUAUAAAUGUAAGGAAUGUGAAAGAGCAUUCAAACAGUACAGGUCCUUGCAAAAACACACAGAGAUCCACACAGGGCAGAAAUCCUAUCAAUGUAAACAUUGUGGUAAAGCCUACAGUUACCUCAGCUCCCUUCAAGAACACAUGAAAAUGGUCACUGGAAACACUCCUUUUCAGUGCAAGGAGUGUGGGAAAGCAUUCACUCAACUUAGCUGGUAUCAAAGACAUGAAAGAAUUCACACUAGAGAGAAACCCUAUGGAUGUAAGCAGUGUGGCAAAGCCUACAGAAAUUCUGGUUCCUUACAAGUACACAAAAGAAAGCAUACUGGAGAGUAG